AUGGCGGCGGCGGAAGAGAACGGCAAUGGGCUGGAGUUCCUAACAGAUCCUGUCGACAGGUCUUCUCACAGGUUCCCCUGGCCGGAUCUUGAAACCAACGAUUUAACUCCGGCCGGUGAGGCAGGUACAUGCCUCACACAGUCGGCUGCUGAAUCAAGCAUGGGAGAUGUUGGCGAUAACCCACUGUCAAUCCAAUUGGCCGUCAAUAAUGGCUGCGAAGCACUAAGCUUGUCGGCGGCCGAUUCGCAGCAAUCAACAAGAAAAGAUGACCCUCAAGCCCCCGGUUGGACUAGAAGGUACCCUCGCUUGGUUUCGAUCCUGCUUAACUUAACAUAUUCAUGUAAGCCAUAUUUGAUAAAAAAAGAACUCUGA